AUGUCCCAGGGACACCCGCCGCCCCCGAACGGCUAUGCAGCCUUCCAGAACAUGAAUUUGAACUUCAUGCCCGAUGCCUCUGCCGCCCAGCAUCCUAUUAUCAUGCCCUCCACCACUACCGGCCCUGAUGACCCUGGUGCCUUCGAUGACGAUGCCAUGCGCUUCGCCGACGCCCAAUUGUUUGGCCAGUUUACCUCGGACAUGAGCAUGGGCGCCUUCGCCUCGGGCGACCCCUCCCUCACGGAUGCAUUCAAUCCCGACUUUGCUCUCGACGCCAUGAUGGCCAAUGGCUUUGACGACUCCGUCGACCCGGACGACGCCCCCGGCACCGACAAUCUGCCCGGAGGAGGCCCAGCUCCCGUCGACGGCCCUCCCCAGCCCGUGCAGCUCGCCAAUCCUGGCACAAGCACCCUCAACGAGUUUACCAAGCGCCGAAACUGGCCCGCCAAGAUUGUUGAGGAGCUGCGCGACUGGCUACAAAUUGUCGACGCCAAUGGUCGAAUCAAGUUUGUCUCCCGUAGCGUCGCCGACGUCGCAGGCUACGCCGACGAAGAUUUGCGCGACGUCUUUCUCAAAGAUCUCAUCCAUCCCGACGAUCGCGGCGUUUUCGUCUCCGAACUCAACGAAUGCAUUGCUUCCGGUAACAUACUGCGUAUCUUUUAUCGUUUCAAGAAAAAAGACGGUCGUUACACCAUCUUCGAGGCUGUCGGCCACGCCCACAUCGCCGCCGCCAAGUUUGCGCCGAAUCCCAGCAAUCAGUCACCUUUUUGCCAAGCCGUUUUUAUGGUUGCGCGCCCAUACCCUACCCGAAACGCCGCCCUCCUCGACUCCUUCCUCGAACACAAGAUCGAAAAUGAACGCCUCAGGCGCCGAAUUGCUGAGUUGCAGCGCGAAGAGCAGGCGGAUGCUGACGACACUCACCAGCAGAUGUCGCAGACGAUGAGCCACACUGGCUCCAACAUGGCUCCAUCUGAAUUCGCGGGCCCAUCUUCUACGCCGAGACAUGGGCAUGGCAAUGGUGAUACGGCAAUGACGGGCACACCAGAAAACUCACUAUUCAACGGCGCCCUUACCAGGGAAAACCUCGAAGGAGUAGCCGCAGGCGCUCACCGGGACUCGCUGCGCGAUAAAAUGGCACGCUACGAGGGGACCUCUCAUGGUGAGACGAUUGAGAUGCUUACCGGCUUGCGAUACAUGGAAGGUGAGCGUAGUCAUGGUAUUACUACUGGCAAUACCAGCCCUGCGCUCAUUAGGGGCGACGCUGGCAUUGCGAUUCCCAAGGACCGCGAUGGCCGGCUGGGCGACAAGAAGAAGAAGAUCAAGGUAUCGGAGGAAUACGUCUGCACUGACUGUGGAACACUUGACUCUCCGGAAUGGCGCAAGGGGCCCAGCGGGCCCAAAACCCUUUGUAAUGCUUGCGGUCUUCGCUGGGCGAAGAAGGAAAAGAAGCGCAGCAAACUACAUGGCGGCUCGCUGCCGACUCUAUCCACGGAUUUCGGCCCGGUAAGCUGA